AUGAACCUCAUAUUAAAUGUUCAAGCAUUUUUAGUUAGUCUAAAAAUUUUAUCCACCAAGUAUCUAAUACAUAAAAAUGGGUUUCUUCAUAUUGCACAGACGACGGAUAGCCUUUUAACCAUUAUAACGAUGUGUUUUUUAAAUUUACAUGAGCGAACGAGAACCGAAUACUGUAUAUCUACGAUCAGUGAUCAGUAUCAUUCGAUUCAAAUUGAAACUAUAUCUGAAUUCAUAACGGUAAGAGAGUGAGUGUGUGAUAGUGUAAUCUAUUAAAUUUCUCAGUUACCUACGCGAUAAUAUUGACUCCAAUACGAUUAGUGAUGGAGAAAAUACAUCUUGAUUGAUUGAAGACCAAGAAACGGGAUAUUAAAAACACUAUCGAAAUAAGCAAGUAUAAACAUUUUCAAAUUUCAUAUUUGAACUCGUUACUGACACGAGAUAUAAAUGUCCAUGGCAUUGUGCUACACAUAUUAUUCAAUGAUAGGCCAAAAAAUUAAGUAAAUACUUGUACCGUCCAAAAACGACCAUUUCCCGUUAUCAAAGGACGAGCAAUCGAUAUGGUCGACCGGUUUAUAGUUUACGCCCGCGUCGACGGAUAUGUUAUGUCAUCAUUCACAAUAAUCCUCCACGCGCAAAGGUUUAUGCGAUCGCAAUCUGUUGCAAUUCGCAAUAAUAUUAUAAUUUUGAUUACGGAUUAACGGCCAAUCACAUCACGGUUCCCCUUAUCGCUAAAACAUCGGCCCGCGGCGACGUGCCACGAACGUCUCCGCGCUCCGCUACCCAGUUUUUCCCUUUUUGUUCGUUUUUUUAUUUCUUCGUGUCUGCACCUCGUCUUGAGAUUUCUGUCACCAGACGGUCUUUAGAUACAGUUCUUUUAAUAAAAUACAACCGUGUAUUGCACGGAGUCACAUAUUUUUGCCGCCAAGAAAAGGUCGUGUACCUUGGCACGAUUCAUGAUGGUGCCUCGAACGAAUCAAUGAAGUGGGUCCCGAUCCGGUCCGCUGGGCGGACAUCUUCGGGAGAACGAUGGUAAUAUGUGUGUAAUUUAGUAAUUAGCCGAUAACCCGUUAGAUAGUUAAUUAGUUUUUAAGGUAAUUUAAUUAAUGUUUCUCCGUAUGAAUAUAUUUAUUAAAAAUGUUUUCUUUUUCGUAUGUUAAAUCCGUCCGUUAUACUUAUGGGAAUCAACCAGCUAGAUUUGUGUGUCCGUUUUAUUAUGCUAAUUCCCGCGUUCCACAUCCUAAAUGCGAUAGGCCAACCCCCCCCCCCCCGUAUUUUGUUGUUUUCUCUUAUUUUCUAUCCCCUCUAAGUGCUAGGUUUCGCAUCCACGUGUGUGUGCAUCUAAAAAAGGAAUAUAUAUAUAUAUAUAUAGAUCGAUUUUCCCAAUUUCGCGACCCAGAUUCGGACGCACCCCGCAGGUUCACCCGUAGGGCCACCGAAACUACGGACCAGUCAAGAUGGAACAAAAAGCGUUUCCGCCACCCUUCCCGGUGGUAAUUUGUGCGACCUUGGCAACCGUAUUCGCAUACUUCCUGCCGGUGUCUCCCCAAUACAUAAGGUGUCCACGAACGUUCCACGUGGGGGUCCGUCUCUGUCAAUACCCAUAUCGAUCAACCCACACACGUGGAUGUGAAUUCAUCCUUAUCCAUUAAUAUAAUAAGUUCCGACCCGCAUAUUCCCCGUGAUGCCACUAUCUACGUCCGGACAACACUUACAACUGGUUGACGCCCCAGUCAACGUACAUAUAUCUAUAAUAUAAAUUGUCUGUAAAUAUUAGUUUAUAAGCCUAUAUAUAUGUAUACAUCAAUGUUAUAAGUCGUACCUAUUAUCCAUUCUUUCUUAAUCAACAGUUUUUAUGCCCCGGGCCUUACUGUUAUAUGAACUUAAAUUUUACUUUUGAUUGAUAAAUUAAAUAAAUAACUAUGUACUUUCCCCCAAGAAAACCACGUGUUUACCUAUUUAAAUUACUUUUUUUUUCUCCUUCCUUUCUCACAAAAAUCCUAGCACUUCGGUCUUCGGACCUCGAUUCUAGGUUGGCGAUGUUCCCACUAGUCGGGUAGUCAGCUGAGGGCGCUCGGGUCGGUCCUAAAACAAGGCCGACUGAACCGGGACGUCUCAUACUAUAUAAGUCCCGAAGCCCGAAUCCUGCACAAGAGUUAUUAUACUUAUUAUUCGAUAAUCCGGUUUCCGAUGGAAUCUAUAUGGAUAAUUUUGGUAUUUUGUUCGUCGGAUAUUAGAUUUACCAAGCUCUUAGAAGAAUGCCCCGUAUUUAUAGGGUAGAGAAAAAAAGACCGUCAUUAUUCGCGUUUAGUAUAAUAUUGUACACAAAAAAAUCGUGCGGAUAUUUUUCAAUAUUUGUGUUGUUUAGGCGGCUAAGUCCGGUAUAGUUGUUUGACGUAUACUUAACAUUCUACGUCACAAUGGAGGGGAGUUACCAACGUAUUUGAUUAAUGCGAUAAAAAUAACACGUGCGAGAUUAAUAGUAUGUUCGUUACAUAACGUCGUCCCGGAGGCGAGUCUCCACGGCGGCGGCGGCCAUUGCAUAUAGUUCACCGUGUGGCGCCACAGCUGACGGACGCCAGUACAACUAAUAACUCCCUAACUAUUUUAAAAACCCCUUAGAAAAUCACAAAAUAACCCCAUCAGUACACUACCAACCAGAACAAAAAUGCUAGAACAAAUGUUUCUUGUGUCAUUUUUUGAUUGAAGCGAGAAAUAAAAUUGUUUACGAACAGAAUAAAACAACAUCAUAAAACACCCAUCAUAGUAAAACCAAUACAUUUUUCGCAAAGCUCAUAAUCUAUAAGUUGUUGAACGAAGAUUUUUCUCUAUGAGCAAUUUCUGUUAAAAUGUACACAUUUUGUCUUUUAUUGAAGUAAACUUGUGUCGGAAAAAAAUAGUUUAUUUGCCACAAAUUAUCAUAAGAAAUCAAAAAAAAAAAAAAAAAAAAACCCAAAAAUUUAAAAACUAAAUGGUACACCAAUUAAAUCUCUAAUAUUUAAAUAUGCCUCAAAGUCAAGCUCCGAGUUUUUAAUAGUUUGGUUUUUUAACACAUUUAAUAUAAUAUUAACUACAUAAAUUACAUAUAUUUUUGUACAUACAUUUUUUUUUAAGAGCACAAUUUAAACUUACCGUUGAAUACAUCACAGUAUAUCCGAAUAGUUUUCGUUGUUUUAGAUCCGUUAUAGCUUUUCCAAAAACAAACAAAAUUUUUUAAUUUUAGUCUUCAAAUAGGUACGUGUUACAUUGAAAUUUAAAAAUAGUAAAAAUAAUUACGAAACAAUAAAAAUUGUAAAAUUUAAUAAUUGACGAAAGAUGGUAACGUGUAACGUUCUUGAUUUUUUCAUUCAAACGUUUAUAUUUGAUUUAUAUAUAAUAUGUAUUAUUAUCAUUCAUCACUGAUCGUCGCGAUAGUUGCUGCUGCUGCGGUUAUAAUACCGGAAGAAAACAAUUUAUUUAAUUUUAUUAUUGUUAAAUAAUAGCAUUGGUCACGCCGUCUUUAUGCAGUAUGCAAUAUGCAUGCAUAUUUGACCCAGGUGGCGGGUAUUCUCACGUCCCACCAAGCAAUACGCGCAGGAUUGUCGCCGCCUGAGUUUUUUAUUAACUGUUAGCUGUUACGAAUCUUACUAGGUAUUUGAAGCGUAUUUAAAUUUUUUCUAGCUAGUGCCCCAAAAUUUAAAAUUUGUUGGCGGCCCGGUAGCCCGCCGUUCCAAUUCGUGCCUGCCGGACGACCAGAUCGUGAAGUUCAUCCAGAUAUUUGUAUUUAUUUAUACUUUUUAGAUUUAGCGCGUAGCACGAAUAAUAAUAUAUUCGUUUUUUACUAUGACGUGUAUUUUUUUUGUCUUUUUUUGAUUAACUUACUGUAUAAUCCUGCUUCCAUCAUAAAAAUCAAGGGUGGGCAAAAGAAGUUAUCAUCGACAAUUUUUUUUACAUUAAGUUAAAAUAACUAAAAAUUGUAAUCCUGUACACGUUAUAUUGCUUGUAUGAAUUUUAAUAACAACCGAAUGUGUUGUUCUAUCCAAAUUUCAAGUUUCUGAGAAUAUUUUUCACUGAAUUAAAACUAAAAACCAAAUCAAAAAUAAUUUAAGUAUUAUUUUCGGAAACUUCCUCGUUUUCCUACGUUUUUUCAAUUUUAAAGCUGAACAUUUAUUAUUAGUAUUUUUCCGUGAUAUAUUUUUUGAAACUGGCAUCGGAUAGAGAUAGUUGAAGAAUUAACCGUGAGACAGGAUGAUUCACCUAUCAUCGUUUUUACACGACGAUUAUGUGUGAUAAGAACAUUCUGGGAAUUUUCUGAUUAUAAAAAUAGAUUGAGAUUGCUCAGAACACUUUCUCCGGAUCGGCCGAAUGAGUCACAGCCAAACUAUAGCUCCAGGUGUUUGUCGGUUUUUGAUUUUUCAACUAACGAAUUUUAGAAAGGCCAUAAAAUAGUAUAGAUUCUCGGUUUGACGUCCGAAAACCGCGAAAACCGGAAAUUCUGAGCUCGGAUACUUUUCACUGUGUAUUUCACCUAUAUCGAAAUAAUAAGGCCAUAAUAUUUUGGUAUUGAGCUCGGAAGGACCGCAUAAUAUUUAUUGCAUCAGUUAAGCUAUGAUAAUAAUAUAUAAUGAUUGUGGAUUUCGAAAAGAAGAUUUUAUUCCGACUAAAAACUUCAGGUAGCAUUAUAAAAUGGUACCUACUUUGAAGUGGCUUUUUUCUGGACCUUUCUUGUGCUUUUUUCACAGUAAGGAAAGAAAUACAGGGAUUGGGAAAGUAUAGGCUAUAUAAAACAUAGCAUUAUACACAAAUAUCGAAAGUAGUGAUCGUGAUUUUCAUUUCGAUAACAAAGUGUUUAAAGUUAACAUUUGGAAGAAAAUCGUAAAAACUACCGCAUUUUCCGAUUUAUAUAAUAUGCGAGUAUACUGUUCGAAUAUUCGAGACGAAUAAACACGGGCAGUUUUGUAACAGAUAAUUAAUUGCUUAAUGUUUUGCAUUUGAACAAUUGAUGAUUGUGUUUUUUUUUUUUUUUUUAAUAAUUGUAUUCAUAUUAUGUAUUAUUAUGUAGGUAUCUAUUUUUAUCGAAAAUUCAUACUGUAUCGAUAUUACUUAAAAUCGUCUAUAUGUAAAUAUUGUGAAUUGGAUAUUUUUCAGUGAAAAACAAUUAUUAUUGAAGAAAAAAAAAAAACCACAAUUACUAUAUUUUCGUUUUAAUGUAUCCGUAAACAUGAAUUUCCCUCGGAAUCGUUUUCCGUCCAACAAUCUAACGAUUAAUAAUAACGGUCGCGCGCAGAUAUAAAUCGUUAGUUAUUACCCUGCUAUUGUAAUAUAAUAUAUCCUAUGUCCUAUGUUUAAACAGAGAAAAAAAAAAAAACGCAUUUUUUUCUGUCUUUUUUUUGUUUCCGUCUCCGCGGCGGCGGUUUGAUAUUCCGAGAACAAUCGGCACGGUCGUCGGACGGACGCGGCGGCGCACAGACGAGGAAUGUUUGCGAGGCGUCGGAGGCUCCACGGUCGACGGAGAGGGGAACACCAUAACCGGUCCUCGGACCCGGUGACGACGACCGAGCGCUCUCCCCCUGUCGCGCGCGGACCGAGACCGAGCUGGCCGGCGGCAGUUGUUAAAAAGACUACGCGGUACGAGCCGAACGGCAGUCAAGUUCAACCGUUGCGGCCAUACGACGGCGAUCAGAGGGACCAUCAACAUUAUCAUACACCCGCAGGAUUGCGAAAAGCGCACCGAGUAAGUCUGUUCAUAAUAUUAUAAUGUGGGCGUACAGAGUCUAUUCGCACCGGAUCAAUAAUAUUACCGCGGUCAGUUGUCAUGCACACAGGGUGAGAAUGAUAAGUGGGUGUUAACUUUUUCCCGGAGCCGGAGUAAAUUUAAACACACCGGCUUUCCGCGGCAAUCCGAUUUCCGUUUGUGAGAAAUGCGUAUUUGACUUUGCGCGCUUAUUUCCUUUGUUUGGUAUAGGAAACAUAUUAUUAUUAUUAUUAUUUUUGUUUUGCUACUUUUGAAUCGAAUUCAUUUUCGGAAAAAAUAAAGGCGAAUUCAUCGUGUACUUUAACUAGUAAAUUGAUACAAUAUUUUUUUUGAUCAUUAUUUAAAAAAACGAAAUAAAUAAUCUGUACCUUUUUGGACACUAAUAUAAUAUGAUGAAUAAACGCAAAGCCGAUAACAUUUUUGAUGGAAGUAGAGUCAAUCAAUGGCAGCACUAACAUAUUAUUUUUUUUACUAUUUUAAAAGAUGUCACUAAUACUAAAUAAUAAUAAUAAAAAAAACAAAAACCAACAAUCUUUCAUGUAAAAAAUUGACAAGAAAUCGAAUAAUUCAAGUAAUUGUUUUCAAAAUUAAAAUCGAACGAGCGAUUGUCGUACGUCCGUACGUGAAAACGGCCGGUUAUUGUGUUAAAUAAUUAUUAUAUGCUCCGCGAUUUGUAAUUAUUCAUUAAAUUCGUCUUCAUCUGCAUCGUGAUGCGUAUACGGUAUGGUUUAACGUAACGCCGCAUUACCCUGCAGUAGGUACUUAAGUACAUAUUCGGUACUAAAAAUGACCUACUCGUUUAAAACUUAAAAGUAUACUGAAUUACUGAAGGAUUACCGAAUGAUGUCUCGUAAAAUAAUAAACCGUGUUCCGUUAUUUUCGUGUUGUUCGGCUCGAUAAACCGUAUUUAUGCAUUUUAUUAGAUUUGCGAUAUACUUGCGUAGAAAAAAAUAUCGGAUAGAGACUUCCUGUACAAAACGAAUAAUGCAUUAUAAGUGCGAACGUUUGUUCGGGCGGCGUGUGUAUUUUAUUUGUUACCACUUCUCGCCCGAAAUAACCGAACGGAACGAACGGGAACGUUACAUAGAUUUAGUUCUGUAGACCAGGAAUAUAUCGUAUAAUACGAUUUCUUCCCCCACCCCUCCCCAAAGUAUUCAACCCCGCGAGGGUCGCUGACACGGGAUCAUUGGUAUUUGGGAACGAAAAUCGAAUUGUUUUUGUCGAUUUAUCGGGUUAGUCUCGGCGAUGAAAUAAAACGAAAAUUUAAACCAUAAAGUUGUCCGGGCCGUAAUAGCGUAAUGAUAAUUUUUCUAUUAUUUCUUUUGACGCGAGCAAUGCGUAUAGUCCGGUGGCGUUAAGAGGACGUUAUACUCGCAUCUAAAUCCAACUACCGGGUAACGUGGAAAAACAAUGCUUACUCAGAACAAGUGAAAACUAACUUAAACUUGAUUUUAGAGUAAAAGUACCUAUUAUGGAAUGUACAGAGAUCGAUAUUUCGGAGGGAAUGGCGUGGGUGUUUUUUGAAUUACGAACUGUUAAAAAAGUUACAGUUAUUUAAAAAAAAAAAAAAAGAAAAGGUUUUUGUAUCUUUUAUAUCGAGCUGUACAUUUUGAAUAAUACAAAAACCCUAUGACGUUUCUUCGUUCUAAAAUAUUAUUCUCUAUAAAUUUCAUUAUAGGUACUUUUAUUCUAAAAUCGAAAUUAUAGUUUUACUUAUUCUGCGUAAGCAUAAUUGUUUUUGCACGUUACAGUAUGGAUGCGGGUCGUAUAAUACGUUCUCUUAAUAUUAUUUCAGAACAAUCCGUUGCUAUAAUAAAAUUUACCUUGCGGAUUCGUCUACCGUUUUUCCGGAUAACGAACCGGUGUAGACGCGAUAUCGGGUCAAGAGUUUAUAUACGGAGCGUAUAAUAACCCGGUCACCGUAUACAAACGAAUUAGUAGGCCGAAUAACGAACACGAUCGAUUCGAUAAACCGAAUUAAUAAUAUGAUGCGUGUACCGUUCGAGAAAAAAAAAAAUAAUAACUAGUUUGGCUGUAUACCUAAUACAUCGCGAUCGGAUGCAACAGUUCUGCUGCCUGCGUGGCAGUAAAUAAAUGUAAUAUUCUUACUCUCCUCCUUCGCCCCGACUGUUAGGGAUUGGCCGUGCUCAUUCUUAACUUCCACUCGAUUCUGUUCACACAUUCUAUCACCCACAACAAAUUGAAUAAUAUUAAUUUUUUUCAAUCGGGUUCGUUUAGAAUACAUUAAUUGCUGGGACGUCGUAAAGGAUCUGUUUUUCAGAUCUCGUUAGGAUUUGCGUAGGUUUUUUUUUCAUAAAUCUCUUUGUGUGGCGAUUUUUAAUUACGACAAUAUUUCAUUUGAUAAUGACAAGAAAAAAAAAGAAGUUGAUAACGAAUCAUUCUCUACGAAAUUUAAAUAAUAUAAUAAUAAUUUCACUGAAUAGAUACAUGGGCAUCUAUAUUUUAUUCAAUAUCAUUUCAAACUUAGAGAUCCGCUCGCGUCGUUUUACAAAUUAUUGAGAACCAAAAUUAUUUAAAAUUGACCAAUCUCAAUAAAUUAUUCGACCAGUUUUAAUUGUUUUUAUUAAGGGCCGGCCUACGCGCGACCGGAAAAACUCGAGAGUUUUUCUAUCAGCUGGAGAAACACAAUGAACAAUUAGUGAAGAAUGGUCAGCGCAUUCAAUCUUUAAUUUUUAGCGUUUUAAAAUCGAAACAUCCGCUUGCCAGAAAAAAUUAAAUAAAAAUAUGAUUGAAAUCGGUUUGCUCUUCGGGUGAAACAUGUUUUUCCUGUAAAGUACCAUACAAACUUAAUAUUAUCAUGUAUUUAAUUUGGAAAUUGAUGUUGUGCAUUUUUGGUACCUAUACGCGUAACAAUAAUUCUAUAAUAUUACAUACCUUUAGUGAACGACUAAAAUUAUAAUAUGUAUUUAAUGUUUUUGUUUUGUUUUGUUGUUUUUGUUUACUUCGGAAAUUAUUCUAAUGUUUCACAUAAUUCGUUUCAAUCAGAUGCAAAUAUUACCUAUAAUUGCAAGCACGCCACCGGCCGAUAAAUGAACUUGAAAUCACGAGUGAUGGAAUUCCGAACGACCGUUAUUUUUUUGCGAAACAUAAAAUAUCACAAAUUAUUAAUGAUAAUCAUCACGUACAAUGUAUUAAACGACACGUGUAUAGUGUAUACGAACGAUUUCUCUCGCCUUAUAAAUAAUUGAACAAUACGAUCAAUUAAAAAUUAUUAUUAUCGUUGUGCUUUGUACUUGUAGAUAUUCAAGGUCGCCGCGACUUUGAUAGUCAAAGAUCAGCUGUCCUUUACAUAAACAUAAACAUUAAAUUGUUUAAUUUACUUGUCGUGCGUAUAUUUAGGUAACCCCAUAUAUAGAUGGACUUAUAUACACGUGUUGCAGCAUAUGCAAACAAUUCUUCGACCACCUUGCUACAGAAAAAAAAAAAAAAACAAAAAAAACGUCAGCCGAAAACGAAAUACUAUUCGUGUCUUUUGUUCCGGGAAAGAAGGGUCCGAGUGUAAUAUUUUGCCCUUUAUUUUUCGGUCUAAAUAAUAUAAUUGUAUGUAUAUUAUGUAGUAGUAGUAUUCAACACAACAUGCAUCAUACUAAAAAUUUAAUCUUGAGUAUUUGGAUGUACUUUUUGUUUGACAAAAAAGACACAACUCAUAAUAUAAUUAUAUAUGAUUUAUACUGUAAUUAUAUGACUUUUAUUAUUUAGAAUGCCAUAUUUACGUUAGGUCAUUAAGUAAUUUUGUAAUUUUGCAAUUUUCAAAAUUUGCUUGCUUGUGUUGAAAACUAACAGAAUUGACAGUAUUCUUCCCUGGAACCAAAGACAUAGCUAAUGCAUACGCCUAGGGUGUCGUAUUAUGAUUGUAUUCGGGUUUUCUCGUUUGUUUACAAAAUUACCAUACGCACUUUCUGUACUAUAAUACUAAUUAUGAAUUCUCGCCAAACAAUAGUCAAGCGCUCAGUUAUAGAAAGGUAUAUUAUACCUAAUUACUUACGCACGACCUUACGUGAUCACCGGGUUAAUGCACAUCAUCCAAACUAUCAAGUAGUAAGACGAUUACUGUUGCAUUGUUAUUUUGAUCCGAAAUCCAUAAUUUAUUGUAAUAAAUUGGAUUAUUUUAUGCAUUAGAAAUAAGAAAAUGUAAUAUUUUGUACAAUUCAAAAACACAAUUAAAAAUGUAUUUAAUUUAAUAUAAAUAGUAAAAAAAUUGAAAAAAAAAAAAAAGUGCUCUUGCGCUAAUUUAUUAUAAUAAUACACCGAACUGUCGUUUGUUAUAACGCGUGGAAAAUACUUAAUAGAUUUUAAACGUUCUACAUAUUAUUAAACCCGCAGUGAUAUUUUAUAUGCUGUUUCAUUCGAAUUUUGUAUCAAUUUAUAUAUAAAAAAAAAAACAUAUGCGUUAGUUAAUGUUUCAUAAAAACUAACUUACUAACAUAACCAUUAUCAAUAUUAAUUAUUUAUGAACACAUUCAAUAAAAAAAAAUUUUCCUGCUAUACAACUUGUAAUGACGUUUUAUAUUUUCAGAAAUGCAUAUUACUCUGCACUUGGCGUUUGCCGCCGUACUCUGUUUCGCAGUUUCAGAUUCUCGACAGCAACAACAUGACAUAGGUAAGAAUUUGUAUUAUUAUUUUUUUUUAUAUACUUAUGCGUUUACGAACACGAAAAUUUUACGAAACCGUACAGUCAGCGCUGAUACGUUAAUCGAUUUUAAUCACUCGGGAGUAAAUCACUGCAGUUUUACAUGUCUACUUUCAGUAACUAAACAUUUUCGUUCCAAGUUACUCUGAGAAACAAGUAAUAGCUGCUUAGUAUAGUUGUCAAGUUACUCUUAGAAAAAAAUAUCUAUAUUUUUCGUUUUGUUUACGUUGUUUCAGCUUACUAUAUCCAUCCGUGUCAAAAGAACAGCCCGAACGUCAACGAAUGUCUGACUUACGCAGCCAACCAUUUGGCCAUGAAUUUCCGGAAAGGUGAGUUUUUACAUCACACUUUUAUUCUCGUGCAUAUUGCUGCAGGCUGGUAUUUCAAGUAAACCGAAAACUGGACUGUUUUAACGGACGUUCGAGUUUUUUCGGAUGAUAGUUUUUUUUGUGGUUUUUAAAAAGCCACGUACAAUCGGAUACUGUUUAUAUGCGAGUGUAUUACUCGCAAUAUACAGUUAAAAAUGUAAAAGCGACCGGUAGCGACUUUCUCGAAACCCGACGAAUCGGAAGUGAAACUAUCUGCUAAUGCUACUAUUACGAGGUCGCGACCAAGCGCGGAAGUAACGUCCGAAACGAUAAUCGCGAUUUACGCGUACAUAAUAUUACGACGUCGUCAUCAUCGCCCAUAUCGAUCCGACGUCACGGAAAUAGGUUAUAAUAUUGCAUUCGAAAAUCUCGGAGUUACUAGUAUUCGAAAUAUCGUAUUUACGGAACAGUAGGACAUUUUAUAUUUUACUAUAGCCUACACGCGAGGUAAUGCACGCAGGUAUACAUCCCGAAUAAUCAGAUAUCGAGUAGUACCGUCUUGUGGCGUGCCCUGGAAUAUUCAAAUUAUUUAAUGGGAGAGGACGUAGCAAAUAAUCAAAUAAUAACCAAAAAUAAAUCGUAGAACCUUCUUAUCUAUAAUCAAUUGGACUGUGGAGAUUCGAAAGCUGGAUCCUAAAAAUCGAAUUUUUAAUCAAUAAGUCCAGCUUUUUCUUGUAAACUCUGCCGAAAUAUACACAUUUCCAGAUUAAAUUACCAAAUAAAUACUCAUACAGUUGUAUUUUCGGCGGAGGAUACAACACCUAAUCUCUCCUACUGCGCACGUCAAUGGUACCGUCAUAAAUGUAAGUUUAUCCAACAAAUACAUACGUGUGUUGGUUUGUAUUCUUAACUUUGGCUUCGAUAGAUAUGUAAAUGUAAAAUAUUUCAAAAACAUUAUCCUAAAACAAUUAUAAAUAUUGAUUAAAAGCAGAUAUGAUGUUGUGAAAUGUAAUAAAAUAAAAUAGGACGAAAAGAGUUUAGGUAAUCGCUCUGUCAAUCAGUCCCCCACAGAAUAUUCUACUUUUCCAAACUAUACCCUUUAGUACUGCACUACUUAUCGGUUCCGAACUCGUCACUUUCGAAAACGCGUCGAGUUUUAAUUCUUAUGCAAGCCCGUCGCUAGAGUACAAGCAAGUCAUUCGUUACUUUAGGGAGGCAUACAGUUUUCAAGUAAUUGAAGCGACAAAAUGAAAUACAAACAGUCGUCAAAAAAUACGGCUAUGUAAAAUUUUCGAUUUCGAUCGGAAAAUGUCUUACGACGGGCCAGCACUUAUGCGAUUAUACUCGAAUGGGUAAUCGUCGAGUAGGUAUACACGUGUACGGUAUAAUUCGCAACGGAUUUCACAUCGCACGCUUUUAUACGGCCAGUGCGAUCGGACCACGAAUACGUGUGUACAGUAACAAUACGCUAGUAGAAUAUCCGGAGGUGACGGUUGUUAUUUAAAACUUCAAAAUAAUUUUCGACCAGAAAUUCAGAACGCGGCGCGCCGCCACCGUUCACAAUAGCGAUUGAUAAACAUAAUAAAUACAUAUUUUGUUGCGAUUCCGUUCGCGUUCACGUAUAAUAUAUACGUAUAGUCACGAGGAACGAUUUUCUCAAACCGAAUCCGGCGCACACGAACAUUCGUAUGCGGAGUGUAUCGCAUCAUUGAUGGCCGAGAGUACAACUAGGUUGAAAACCGUUUUUUUUUUUUUUUUUUCAAAUCGUCUUAUCAAAAACUUUACACUCGAGGCGAAACUCGAAACGGCUAUCCAUAUACAUAUAUAUAUAUAUAUAUAUAUUUAUUCGUGUUGAGAUUAUAAAACGAUAUUGCAGUUUUGGUACAUUUCGUUUAUCUCGACUAUAACUACGAUUUUCCGGUAAUCACAUUCGGUUAUCCCGACUACAUACUUGAUUAACCGCCCAAAUCGGGAGAUUUUUUCGAUUAAAAGUCCAACAUGAGCCGGAGAAGCUAUUUCGGCCCCUUAUUACACACCGGGGAUCAACUGCGUGAUGUGGUUUCGCUAAAAAAUCAGGGUUUAUUUUCCGUUAAAAGUACGAUAGACGCUCGAACUCGCAACGAACCGUACAUUAUACACGUCCGCCAGUCAACAAUAUUGUUAACAAGACCUCGUCGGGUAGGUAACAGGGGACCAAAAUAGUCGCCUGUGGUAGUCGAAAAAUACCUAUCGUUUCAAGCACCGACACAUAAAAAGAACCCGAUUCGAAUUUACCCGAAUUUAUCGAAUUGGCAUGAGGACACUUACUUUCCGGCGUGUUUCACACUAACCAGUGGAACAAAAUAAUUUAAACACUGUAUAUUAUAGCCGUGCGGCCGCUGUUAUUAUAACGUAAUAUACUGGGUCAGAGUUCCGAAUAACUGUAUUAUGUUAUUAUACAUUCAUCUUCUUUGUGCUCAUCAAGUAUUUUACGCACACUAUAUAAAAUUUAUAUUUACAUUGUUAUCGUAUUGUUAUUGCAGGAAUUCCCGAGCUGGGCAUUGAAGAUGUGGAACCCAUCGUGAUCGACGAGAUCAAUCUGUCGCUGGGCUCCGGUCCGGACGGAUAUAGGGCCACGUUCAAAGACAUCCAAGCGUAUGGUGUCAGCAACCUGACCGUAAACCAAGUCAGGUACAUUAUGACAUUCAUAUUCUUAGUAUCCGAAAAUGAUAAAAAAAAAAAAAAACCCCCACAAAAAAUAGUGAAUUUCUUAGGGGGUUGUACGUCCUCUUGAUGGUUUACUCUCCGUUUGUUCCUCGUUUUUCUUCUAUUACUAAAUUUUGCGCUUCAUUUGAAACGGUUGAGCUCGUCAUUCCUAUUACCGACCUCUGUAGUGACUUAUUGAUUUAUAGCUUUUUAACCCAUCUCUAGGCUAAUUCGUAUUAACAUUCCCUUCAGAACAGUCGUGCUUCUGCUCCCCUGAACAAAACAUAUACCGUUUUAAAUAUACUGCAGCAAUGCAUUCAGGGUUCAUAUUUAUCAGCAACGAAUCAAAAAAACAAUUAUUUAUUAAUUAUUAUAACAAAUUUACUACCCUGCAAUAGGUAUUUCAGUUUACUUGACCCAACAUUAAAUUCGCCACUGGUCACCACUGAAAACCCGGUCAAGUGCACGGACGAAAUCGAAUCGAUUCAUUCGGUUUUGAUCGUGAAACAAUGAUUAUUUAUAAAAAAAAACCCAAUUAUUUUAUAUUUUAUGAUUUUAAAAUAAUAUCGUAUACGUUUUAUACAACAAUUAAGUACCUAUACAUAAUAUAGGUAUAAUAGGUCUCAUCGAUUUAAUGAAAUCGUUUUUCCUUUAAUUUUUUAACGUAUUAAACCUGGGAAUUAAUUAACAAUUGACAUAAAACAGUAUAGGAAUCCGUACGUAAAAUAAUUAAUAAUUUAAUAUCGUUUUGUUAAUAACCUUCAGUUUGAGUGCCUACUUUGUAAUGCAAAUAAAAACUAUAUAUUCGGUUAUAUUGCGAUGAUGUACAAUCGAAAUGAACAUCGCAUUGUUUAAGUAAUAACGAUUUCACUAAAUAUACAUAUUAUGUUUUCUCGUUAUUGACAUGGGACGUUUACAUUAUUUUUUCUCGGUCGUUUUUAUUAUGUGUUUUAUCUCAAAAUGAUGUGGAUUGUAUAGGCACUAUACUUACCGCAAUAUUAAUAUUGCUUCAAUCGACAAAAUAAUGAGAACGAAACCGAUUUUACAAAUGUUUAACUAUCCGCAGCUACAUAUAUCAUGUACCAUACGGAGAAGACGUUUUGUGAAUAUUAUAUGAUUGUCACUGUUGUUACUCGUUAGUCAUUAUUAUGUUAGAUAAUGACAUUAUGUUCUAUAUACGUAAAAACGUAAUGUAUAGUGCACGUGUGCGUAAUAUUUAUGUUUGUACACAACCGGUGAACGUAAAAAUAAUACACAACAUUAAAAACAAAAAAAAAUGAAAAAAUUGUGCUGAGUGGUUUAGAUUCCUACGACCCCGUUGCCAUAUUAAAUUAUAUUUAUAUUUUCAUAUAAAAACAAAAAAAAACCGUUUUAUUAUUAUUUUUAAAUCAUUAAAAAAAUAUCAUUUAAUAUUUCAGAGAUUAUUACAGCGUUUUGUAUUUUAUAGGUCCGACUUGAACUCGUUACAGUUCCAACUGACGUUUUCGAUCCCGCAAAUUUCGGCUACGGCCCAUUACAGAAGUUCCGGCGUACUCAUCAUGGUUCAGGCUACCGGAGGCGGUGAAUACUGGGGAGAAUACGGUAGGCAUUACACAUUAUUCGAAUUUUAGAAAAUUAUCGGAAAUUUAUUAUUUUGAUGCGAAUACCGAAUAAACAACGGACGCGUUUUGUUUUCAGAGGGUGUUAAGGCCAAAGUAUACAUCAAGGCCAGCGAAGUGGAACGCAACUCGCAGAGAUACUUGCAUUUAGAAGAUUUGAAAAUGGACUUUAGCGUCAAGGACAUUCAGAUGGGCAUUAAAAAUGUUCACAACGGAAACGCCGUUUUGGGUAAUUUUUCAUAUUUGUUUUGCACUAAAUGAAAUAAAAUAAAAUAUUGUUAUUAGACAUCCGGAACAGAUUUAAUUUUUAAUUGUGAUGAUUCGAAACUCUAGUUAUUCUUCCAGUAGAUUCGUCUUUAACAUGAACGUAGCUUGAUAUAAUGAUAUGUGAGGGCUAUAGUCUUAGAAAUUCGUUUUCAUAAAUACUAAUGUUUAAGCAGAAUCAAUGUAUUAUAGGAAAACAUGUGAUAGUGACAAAAAACAAUUUGUAUUUAACUCGUUAUCAAUCUGAAAUUGUAUUUUAUAACGUAUUAAAUAAUUUAAUACAUUUUCUAUAGGUCUGUUGCAAGUGACAAAUGUCUUUCAAUAGAAUCAAGUUUGUGAGCCUAUUAUUGGUUAUUGUAUUUUUAAUACAAUUAUUUAUUUACCUUAUAACUGAAAAUGAGCAUUGACUUGAUGCAUUUACAUAUAGCCUAUAGGUAUGGUCAAUGUUUGUACAAAUAUUGUUGUUUACAAUAGGUUCAACAAAAUGUUGUUAUGACCAGCAUUCCAUCCUUAGGUUAUCUAGACUUAUGUUGACAUUUUUUUUUUUUUUUAUAAAAUUAAAAUUAAUUUAAGAAAAGAAUAAUCAAAAUUUUUUUUAAAUUACAAUAUAUUUUUAAAAUGUCCACUUCAUAUUAUACUUAUUAAUAAACUCAAUACUUUAUUCAAAUUGUAAUUUUAUAAAAUUGUCAACUCCUAUGCCGACAUUGGACUUUCUGCAGAAAAUCUAUUUUUACAUGUCAUCAAUAAUUCACAAUUUAUUAUUUUAUUUUUUGUUAUUUUUCGGUAGAUGUAUAAUUAUUAUUAUCAAUCAAAACGAAAUUGUCAACUUUAUAAAUUACAUGAUACUUACUGAAAUCUAUAGGUUCUUUAUUUUUACGCUUUGAAACUUGAAAUACAAAUUUAUAUUCAUGAAUAAUAAAAUACAUACCCAUUUAAAAAUACCUUUUAGAUAUCAAAUGAAAUUGCUGAAAUUUGUCAAAAAAAAUAUUGUUGACAAAUUCAAAUAAAUUUACGAGUACAAUAAACAUUAUGCGUAGGUAGGUAUGUUAGUAUUUUACGACAUGAUGAAAAUCAUAAAAUAUUUUAACAAAACAAUAUUUUUUAUCGUCUUCUAGAUAUUGAGUUUAUGGAAGAUCGAUUCUAGUUUAUUAUUUGUUCCUAUUCUCUAUUGAUAUUGUUAUUGAGAACAUUUUAUUAGUCCAUAAAUCUCCCUCGGGACUUUCCUCCCUUAGCCUCUAUCAGCUUUCUUUCAUUUAUCUACCUACAUAUCGUAAUGGCCGAUUUCCGUUACAUAUGUGAAUUAGUAUAACAUUACUAAUACAAAAGUAAUGAUACAGUCGUAUCCAACUUACCUGCAAUGUUUAUUUUAUGUUCUAUCUACAGAAGCGGCGCUGAACCUGUUCAUCAAUUCCAACUCGCAAGAACUGCUCAAGGAAAUGAAACCGCACAUCAAAAAGAAGUUGUUGGUCACGAUGAAAUCAUUUAUCGACAACCUGUUCAGUCGGGUACCUUACGAUAGCUGGAUCAUCGAUUAA